CCGCCAUGUCUACACGGACAACAAUAACAAACGGCAAUUAAGGCGCUUCCGUUGCCCAUGACACCGGAGCGAAGUUCUGACAGCUUAUUCUCCAAUCCAUUUAUAACCACCCCGAGUCCACAAGUAGUCCCUUUUGAAGUUAUUUCUACUCGGACGUGCCUCCUAUAACCCCCGGCUGGAGUUGCAGACAGCGCCUUUCGUUUGAACAGAGGAGGGCGGCUGAUUAUGGUGUAGCACGGAGCGCUAGCUCCGAGACAGCAGGUUUUUUAGCAGCAGUGCAGCGCAGCAGAGUGCAGCGUGGGGCCGACUGAGGCAGAUCACAGCAGAGUAGUCAUGCUUACGUUGGCCAGUAAGCUGAAGAGGGAUGACGGAGGAAAGGCGGGCCGUGCCUCCGGAGCCUCUGACUCCGCCCAUAGGAUUUCCAUCAGGGAUCGCCUCCUUACCAAAGAAGUUGCAGAACUUGAAAUCAAUCUUCCUAGUACAUGCAAAGCCAGUUUCCCAGAUGAGGACAAGCUGCAUUAUUUUCAGCUGGCGGUGUCCCCUGAUGAGGGUUACUACCAGAGUGGAAGGUUUCAGUUUGAAAUAGACGUCCCCGAAGCCUAUAACAUGGUGCCUCCUAAAGUGAGAUGUCUGACCAGAGUAUGGCAUCCUAACAUCACAGAGAAUGGAGAGAUCUGUUUAAGCCUAUUGCGGGAACACUCUAUUGAUGGCACAGGCUGGGCCCCAACUAGAACAUUAAAGGACGUUGUCUGGGGAUUGAACUCCUUGUUUACUGACCUGUUGAACUUCGAUGACCCUUUAAACAUCGAUGCUGCAGAACAUCAUCUGAGAGACAAGGAGGAUUUUCGGAAUAAGGUUCAAGAUUACAUCAAGCACUACGCCAGAUGAUAGACGCAUCGGCUACCUACAUUAGCCUGCACCAACCAACCAAACGGCUCUACCUUGCCUCUGCUUAUCUUGGCCAAGUCCCCCCUCCCUCCACGUGUGUGAAUCAACAGACGACUCUUACUAUUCCCCUGUCGACACCACAGCCACGCCCACGCCCUGCUGUUAACCAAUUGCAAUAAAUUCCACUUUGCGGGAAUGAAAAAAGAGAGAGAAAAAAACAAUGCAUUUAAGUCAAGACUUGCAUACAAAAG